AUGAGCCACUUGGAUUUAUUAGAAGACAACUUUAAACACUCUGCUGAGAGGCUAGAUAAGCCAUCUCCGUAUUUACGAAGAAAAGCCAGAAACAAUUAUCAUGAAUUGGAACGAGCCAUAACCCUGAAGACAGUAUACGUUGGGAACUUGUCUCAUUUCACUACCGAAGAACAAAUCCACGAAUUGUUUCUGAAAUGUGGAGCCAUUGAUAGGAUUAUUAUGGGAUUGGAUAGAAAUAAGUUGACUCCAUGUGGGUUUUGCUUUGUCAUAUAUAGAACUGAACAGGGUUCACUUAAUGCUAUGAAGUUCUUGCAAGCUACAAUUUUAGAUAGCCAAAGCAUUUCAAUUGAUUUGGAUCCGGGAUUCCGUGAAGGAAGACAAUUUGGAAGAGGUAAACAUGGAGGACAAGCAGGACAAGAAGCUGCUGCUGCGGUCGCUGCAGCUGCAUCAGGAGGAUAUAGAGGUGGGUUUAGAGGUGGACAUAGAGGUGGGUUUAGAGGUAGAGGACGGGGUGGGUUCAGAGGAGGCCGUGGUGGUGGAUAUCCUCGAGGAGAAGGUUCUGUUUAUAUACCUUCCCAGGAUCCCGGAUUCAACUCUCAAUCGUUCGGCGGAGAAGGGGAUAAUCGUUAG